GCGUGGCCUCGAUUUCCUAAGAGUCUCUGUAGAAGCUGAAAUCCAUCAAUCACCGUUCUUCAAAAUGCAAUGGAAUGUACCAAGGUCUGUAUUCCGAGUGGCACAUAGGACAUGCAUGGAACCACAUAAAGCCAAUCUUUUUGGACACUGUCAAAACAUAAAGGGACCAUUACUUUUGUAUAAAGCUGAAUCCAGAGUAGUUUUGGUACAGGGCCCUCAAAAACAAUGGCUACAUUUAUCUGCUGUCCAGUGUGUUGCAAAGGAAAGGAAGCCAUUCACUGCUCAUCCACCCCAACCAGGGGUCCUUCACCAUAAACAGUGGGAGCAAGAUAUUUUAUCCAAGAGGGUUAUGUCAUCCAGUGCCACAUCCCCUGGAACUCCUUCGGAAAAAAAGGAAGAACCUGAUCCUUUACAAGACAAAUCUAUUAGUCUUUAUCAACGAUUUAAGAAAACAUUUAGACAAUAUGGAAAAGUUUUGAUUCCAGUGCAUCUAAUAACUUCUGGUGUUUGGUUUGGAACAUUUUAUUAUGCAGCCAUAAAAGGCGUGAAUGUUAUUCCUUUUCUAGAACUCAUUGGGUUACCGGACAGCAUAGUAAACAUUCUGAAAAAUUCCCAAAGUGGAAAUGCACUAACAGCAUAUGCCUUGUUUAAGAUUGCAACACCUGCCCGAUAUACUGUGACUUUGGGAGGAACCUCCUUCACUGUGAAGUACUUGCGUAACCGGGGCUACAUGUCGACACCGCCUCCUGUUAAGGAGUAUCUACAAGACAGGAUGGAAGAGACCAAGGAGCUUCUCACAGAGAAAAUGGAAGAAACAAAGGAUAGACUCACUGAAAAAUUACAAGAAACCAAAGAAAAAGUUUCUUUUAAGAAAAAAGUGGAAUAGGGUGCCUUCUAUAACAGGUGAUAGACAAUUUCUGCACUUUAACCCUUUGGAAACUAUGGACAAAGAUACAUGAUCCUGAUUAUUUUUUUGGUUAGUUGCCUAAAUAUACCAGUUCUCUGAGGGUUAAAGACCUAAGAUACCUUUUUAAAGUUAAAUAUUACUAGAAAAAUCAGUGUCUUUUGAAAAGAAAAAAUGAACCCAGUAUAAGAAUUGAACAUGAAUAGCAGCAUGAAGCAGUGGUUAGUGUCUCUCAAGUCAGAGCUCUUUUUUCGGGGUCUUCAGAAUCAUACUUGCUUUGUGUUUUGUUGCAGCUAUAAUUUAUGCAGAUGAAGCAGUUGACUCCUUGGAUAACUGAUGUGGCCCUAGACAGGGUGUUAACACUGGGUUUUCAUCUUGAUGUUAUUCAUUGAGCUUUUAACUAUAUACAUCUCUUAAUGUGGAAACCAAUAUUACCGUCAAAACUGCCAGUGAAUAAGAGGAUACUUAGUGUUUCUGUAAAAACAGUAUAUAACAGUUAUAUACCAGUUAAAAUACACAUUUUAUAUGAAGGAACUUGAAUAAAAAUGGAGUCCUGUAUAUGUAAAUAAGAUGUAUUGGUUACAUGUAAAUGAAAAAUUGACCCUUGAAAAAUGAUUUUUACCUGAAGCUUGUCAGUUUUUUUAAAGCAAAUAUAUAUGGCUAUGGUACUUUUUCACCUAAAACAUAAAUCUCUACUUUGAAUCAUUUGUGUUCUCUUCAACUAUUUUUCAGAGGAAAAGUGAAAAUAAUGUGAUACCUUAAGUUUAUUGUUGAAAUCAAAUAUUCUUAAGCCAUGACUCAAGUUUGUGGUUCUUGAGCAGAUACAGGUGUGGGAGGAUGGAAAGUGCCAUCAGGUUGUUCCAGAGCUGACCCCCCCAACCCCCGCCACGUGGCAGGUUUGUCUCCACAGGCCAACACUCUCAGUGUCUGUUUCAGAGUUAAUGCUGAUUUCAUUGUGCAGUGAAUUUUUAAAUGUAGCUGCUUUUUCCCUUAGACUGAAAUAGAGCUUUUCCCUUAUAUUGAAAUAUGCUUGAGCAUUUUACUUGAAUUUUUUUUUAAUAGCAAAGCUAUCAUUAAAUUAUCUGCUUGGAAUAAAAUUCAGCCAUUGUCAGAUAUGAGAGUUGCCAUGAUUGUGUGAGUGUGUUUGAAGAUGUAUGUGUCUGUUUUGCUCUAACUGCUUUUACUUCAGUUCUAACUCUUGACUUGAUAUUCAGAAGACAGGAUGGCCUCUUUCUAGACCUAUCAUUGUUUUGAGCGAUGUGAUAAGGCAAGAGAAUGUCAGAGGGACUUCCAGAAGCAAUCCUGUGGGGAUCGCUGCUGUUGGGCAGGAUUUUUGUAUUAAAUAUUUAGUUUGGCCAAAUUUGGGGAAUAAUUUAAAGGAAAAAAUGUUUGCAUUUGAUACAUCUAAUCAUUAUAUUGGAACACUUGGUAAGUUAAUAUGCUGUGAUUGGAAUCUCUGCCGUUUUUGGGGGAGGGCAGGGCAGAGCAGUGACGGGGCCCACUGUGGCCCUGCCACACACACUCUUGAUCAGGCAGAAUGGUUUGGUCUCCAGACACACAACUGAACACAUAAUUUCAGAUUGACAGUGCAUUUCAAAUCUAAACACUGUUUCCAUGUUUUAGUUUGCUUAUUAAAUCACGUUUUUGCAGAUUAUUAAA